CAACAUGCGGCGGGUCGCUUAAUAAAUUCGUCACAACACUUUCUAAACAGUCCGCUGUAGCUGGAUAUGGCGGCGCUAGUACGAGGUUUACGGAGUGUAAGGGCAUUCCGGGCCCUUGGCAGCGUGUUGGCUGCACCAAAAACGACCCAUCCCCAGUGUGCCAACCUGAGAAAAGGAUUUCACUGCGCUGCUGUUCGACUGCAGGAUGGAUCAAAAGAUGACAAAACUUCUCCAACCAGCUCCUCUUCCACAUCAAGCCAUGCUCACUACCAGUCUGAGCAGGACACAACUGAGGGUUUCCAGCAGGCUUCAGCGGCAGCAGAGGAAGGAUCCAGGUCCAACACUAGUUACCAGGAUCAGAGCGGGGAGCAGGAAGAAGAGUAUGAGACGGAGGAACAACUUCAAACUCGCAUCCUAACAUCUGCACUUGAGUUUGUCCCACUAUAUGGGUGGUCAAUGGAGGCCAUUGCAGCUGGUGCAGAGACCAUUGGGCUCUCCUCCGCAUCCACUGGUAUGUUUGACAAUGGGGCUGGAGAAUUGGUCCUGCACUUCGUUGCACAGAGCAACGCAGAGUUGAAUGAGACCCUAGCUGAACAGCAUAACCAGGUCCAGCUGGGCCAGGCUGAAAAAAAGAAGACUGCAGAGUUCUUAAGGGAUGCCGUGGAGGCCAGAUUGAGAAUGCAUAUCCCCUACAUUGAAACAUGGCCUCAGGCCAUGAGUCUCCUGCUCCUUCCACACAACAUCCCUGACAGCCUGAAGCACCUGUCCUCCCUGAUCGACGACAUCUGGUACCACGCUGGAGAUCGCUCCACAGACAUGAACUGGUACACCAAACGAGCAGCGCUAACGGGCAUCUAUAACACCACAGAGUUGGUGAUGAUUCAGGACUCCUCCCCAGACUACCAGGAUACCUGGGCCUUCCUUGAAAACCGCAUUCAGGAUGUUGUCAACAUGGCUGGCACUGCCAAACAGGUGCAGUCCACAGGGGAAGCAGUGGUGCAGGGAUUAAUGGGAGCUGCCAUUACACUGAAGAAUCUAACAGGAGUGAACCAGAGAAGAUGAUAUUAAAGGCUCCUGUCAACCCAAGUUUCACCAUACUCAAACAUAUGGCUUAUUAAUUUACACUAAAAAAUAUGUUUAUUAAUUAGUAAAAAAGGCGUACGAUUAUUUUAUUUUCAGUUGCAGAAUCUGCACAUUUCAACUGCCAGUGCUUGAUCUCUCCAUCCCAUUAAGCUGUAUUCUGUUUGUAUAAUAUAAUAUGUAUUAUGUACUGUUGAGUCAUUCUGGAACUCAUUAAACUAUUCAGUAGUUCAAAACCUCUUUAUGUGUAUUUCAUACAUCAUACAUUCAUUGUCACCUCAAUGUAUUUGAAAGUGCCUAAAUAUUGUAAACAAAAAAAGUGCAAUAAAAUGGCAGACCUUUUA